CUAUGGUCUUUACUAUGUGAGAAAGAACCAAAAAAUACAACUCUACAAGAUAUGGAAUCUUAUUACGAUAUUUUAAAAACUUCACGAGCUCAUUUAAAAGCAGAUGGGAAACCUAAAACCUCAAAGUUUCAUAAAUGGACGAAUGUUGUAAAACCUCUAUACGAUAGAAUGAAAAAUGAGGAAAAGCAAUUAAACGAAGAAAUAGAUAAAAUUAAUAACUCAAGAACUCCUCGAUUAAGUUUAGCACAAAUUACCGAUCAUUUAUCUAGAUAUAACACUAAACGUAGUAAUAUUCAUAAUAAUACAACUAUACCAAAUGAUCCAUUUGAAUUUCGUCCAACACCAAACAGUUCUAUGACUACAGAUCCAAAGAAUGAAAAAAUGUUUAAUUUUACUGCAACCCCAAAGGUUAAGAGAGGUUCUGGUUUAUAUAAAGAUGUAAUACCUCAAACACAAUUAGUUUAUUAUGACGAUCCGAAUGAACUAAAGAAUUACGCGAGAGAAAUAUUAUAGUAUAAUGACAAUCUUAACAAGUUUAGCUGAGGAGUUACAAGGACCAGCGAGAAAAAUAUUUCCUAGACGAAGCGAAGUAACACGAUUUAAAGAUGAUCUCUGGCAAGCUGAUUUAAUAGACAUGCAACCACAUUCUAGACAAAAUAAUGGUUUUAAAUUCAUUUUAAUUAUUAUAGAUACAUUUACCAAGUAUGUGUGGGUAGAAGCACUAAAAAAUAA